AUGGGGCCGGGUGUCCGCGCCGGGCGCCGCCCGCUGCUGGGCUCUCGUCGCACGCCCCGCCCUGGAAGACUCCCAAGCUCAGGGUUACGACGUGUCGCCUUCGUUUACACCGCGAUAGGACCCCGGGCCAGACACCGAAUAUUAAUGCAAAAAUGGCAUCAUGAGGUCAUGCAAAAUCUUGGAAAAUAUUAUAUUGCUGCAUCCUAUGUAAAGUAUCUGGAGUCUGCAGGUGCAAGAGUUGUGCCAGUAAGGCUUGAUCUUUCAGAGGAAGAGUAUAAAAUACUUUUCAAAUCCAUUAAUGGAAUCCUUUUUCCUGGAGGAAGUGUUGACCUCAUACACUCAGAUUACGCUGCAGUGGCUGAAAUAUUUUACAAUUUGGCCAAACAGAGUUUUGAUGGUGGAGACUAUUUUCCUGUGUGGGGCACAUGCCUUGGAUUUGAAGAGCUUUCCGUACUGGUUAGUGGAGAGCACUUACUAACACUCACAAAUACUACUGAAGUAGCAAUGCCACUGAACUUCACUCAAGGUUCAUUACAGAGCAGAAUGUUUCAGAAUUUUCCCAAUGACUUGUUAUUGUCAUUAGCGGUAGAACCUAUGACUGCAAACUUCCACAAGUGGAGCCUCUCCAUGAAGAAUUUUACAAUGAAUGAAAAGUUAAAGAAGUUUUUCAAUGUAUUAACUACAAAUACAAAGGAUGGAAUUGAGUUUAUUUCAACAAUGGAAGGAUAUAAGUAUCCGAUAUAUGGUGUCCAGUGGCAUCCAGAGAAAGCACCUUAUGAGUGGAAGAAAUUAGAAGGCAUUUCCCAUGCACCUAAUGCUGUGAAAACGGCAUUUUAUUUAGCAGAGUUCUUUGUUAAUGAAGCUCGGAAAAGCAAUCAUCAUUUUAAAUAUGAAUCUGAAGAGGAGAAAGCACUGAUUUAUCAAUUCCGUCCAGUUUAUACUGGGAAUAUUUCUUCAUUUCAGCAAUGUUAUAUGUUUGAUUGAAAAUCUUUGAUUGUUAACAGAGCAACUUUGAAUAAUUCCACGAUUAAAUGGUUACAGUAACUUGCUGCUUAUGGCAAUAUUAGAAAGCCACAGAGAUUCCUUUUAUGUGAUGUGUGUAGCUCUAAUUCUUCAUUUACUAUAUGACUAUUUAUAUCACAUUUGAUAAUUAAACAGUGGGGCAGAUAACGAAUCAGUGUUUUUCAUGGAAAAGCUUUCUUUUAUCUGAAGAUUAGAGAAGAGUAAAUGUAAUGAAAAUACAAAUACAUAUUUUUUUAAUUGAUUGAUUCUAGAAAUAAAUACUGCCCCCUUCUUCACCCACCACAUCCUCUUUGCUGAAGAGGCUUUUAAAAUCCUACCCUCUUGUUCACUAUGAUAUCUCCUUCCUUUGUGUCUCAGGAGUAUUUUUUUUGUGUGUGUAUUUAUGUAUGUGUAUGUGUAUGUGUGUGUGUAUAUUAACUGCUCUUUGUACCACAAAGUGCACGCAUCACGAAAGCCAAGUCUGUGUCUUGAACUUUUAUCUUCCACAAUGUCUAACACCAUAGGCCCUCAAUAAAUACUAAGGACUGUUUAUAAAUGAAUUUUCCCCUGCAUGGAAAAUCAUUAAAAAGCUGUCAUAUAUUUAUUUUGCUACUUUUUAAAUAUAUUUCUCAAUCUGUGCUACCCCUCCUCCACUCCUUAUCAUCACACUGAAACCCUAAAAAGUCUGAAAUGUAGGAACUCCUUUAGGACAACCAGGCUGUUCAAAGAGAGAAUUUGUUGAGCUGUGUCUAAUAAAUGGUGUUUCCACA